CACCUUCUCUAGCCUCCUCAAUCAAAGCAUUCCAAAACAUUUGCUCAUAAAGUUCGCUAAUUCGCAAAGUUCCGAGAACGAUCAACGUAAAGUAGCAUCUGUUUGUCAUUUCUGGUUUGCACAAGAUUUUUAUCAAUUUUCAGCCAACGGAUAUCAGGAUUGGCGCGACCUACGAAUGAUCGAAGAGAAAGUGGGCGUACCAAAGACUUAUUCGGAAACUAAUUCUCGAUUGACAACCCGUCCUGGCGAAAUGUCACGCGGAGAAUGCACAUUGUAAGCGCGUGAAGUGUGAAUUAUGGAGCCGGGAAAUCGCUGCGAGAUAUUCGGCAAAGGUGGUAAACGUGCGCACCGUCUCGGGGAUCCCUCCUGACGUGCCCGAAACGCAAACAUGCACCAAAGCAGACGGAAGAAGAAGCGAGUGAAUUACGGCGUAAGAGCGGUCGAGGUGAUCCGUGGCGCAAAAGGCUUUGGCUUCACGAUAUCGGGCCAGCAACCAUGCAUACUGAGCUGCAUUGUGCAAGGCAGUCCGGCGGAGAGUGCCGGUCUGCGUUCCGGCGAUUAUCUGGUUGCUGUAAACGGCCACAAUGUCAGCAAGGUGCCGCACGACGACGUGGUGCAGUUAAUCGGCAACUCCGAGGGGCUGCUGCGACUGCAGAUUGCCGAGAACUAUUACUCGGAUUCCUCAGACGAGGAAGGGUUGGCCACUGUAAGAUCCAAACCCAAAUAUGCCCACAAGCCGCGGGCCACUAACGCGAGUGCUUUGCAGUUGCAAUGCAGGGCAGCAAAGGUAGUCAGAGAUUUGCAGAGUGGAGCCAUGUUUCAUGCGACUGGUGGUGCGACUUCUGAAAGUAAAGAUCAAUACAAUUACUCUGGCUUGCAUUAUCGUUGGAAUAUGACAAGUCCGCUUCCACCACCGCCGCCUCCGGUAUCUCAUAAGCGUGAUUCUGAAAAGAUAGUACAUAGAACAGUUGUAGGCUAUCUUGGUACUAUCGAUAUACCGAAUCAGUUGCAUCCAUCGAGUAUGAUGCAGGUUUUAAGAAAAUGCAUUAAGAGACUAAAGGCAGAGAAGCGAAAUCCUACUACCGUUCUUCUCACCAUUCAUGUUGCCAAUAUUAAACUUACCAAUUCGGAGAAUCGUAUUAUUGCUGAAUAUCCUUCGUAUAGGAUAAUAUUUUGUAAUUCCUUUUCCGAACAAGAUAAGCAGUAUUUUGGAAUUUUAACUAAAUCCAUGAAGAACACGGACGACAUUGUCUCCAAUUCGUGUCAUGUUUUCACUAUUUAUUAUAAGUUAAUCGAUCACGAGGUGCAUUCCAGUGCAUGUAAUGUGUUUGGAUUUACGUGUACAAAAUCGUCAGAAUUGAACGUUUGUCAAGAAUUCCCUGAUAGUUGUACAAGCCUUAUUGGUGCCAUACAGACAUUGUAUAUAUCCGAUUGUGCAAAUGGAGAAACGAAUCCGUACAACGAAGCACGCAUACGUCUAGAGACUGCUUCUCCCCAGCCAAGCAACAUCAGCACAUCGACUGCUCAUUCGAGCAACAGUGAUUCUGGAAUUGGUUUUAAAGACGACUACGGCAGCUGUUCCGGCAAAAAUACAGCAAAUGAUUGUGGACGAAGAAGACAAUCCGCUUCUCAUAUGCAAUAUAGGAAUGUAAACGCACGAUCAUCCAGAGAACCUGUCAAUGAGGCUGCAGGACACCGAUUGGCAGUUCGUGCAACAUCGGAAGCUAGAUGGAAUAAGGAAUUUAAAUUUGAUCCUUCUAAAGAGAUGCGACACACGGCGGGGAGUGGGGAGAGCACAACCACCACCUGCGCCGUAACAUCUGCCUCUGCUAUGGCGACACGCAGCGCGUUGGCCAGUAUGUCCGUUGGUUCGCUCGCAUCCGUUUGCACCACGGCGUUGCUUGACGGCAUCGAGGACGCCGCGGAAUCAUCGAAAACGCCGGAAAAGCUGAAGCGUCUCAUGGACACUACAAAUAAACUCAGCCCGAAAGUGUACUGUGGCCAGGUGACCAAAUCGCUCGUGCACAGUUUGGAGGAUAUCAAUUCCAGCAUGGAUUACGCGAGAUCGUCCUACUGUCACUCGUAUUCCGGCAAGUCUGACAAGCCUCGUCCAUGGGGAAGUCUGCAGGAGAUACGGAACAGCGUCUCGGACAAUUGCAUAUAUGGCAGUACAGAGUCCUGUGACAAAAACAAUGACUGCAAAGGAGUACACACAUGGGCAAAUGGAUUUGAAAAGUUGCUGGAGGAUCCAAAGGGCUUGCAAACAUUUGCUGAGUUUCUCAAGAAGGAGUUUAGUCAUGAGAAUAUAUACUUUUGGGCUGCUUGUGAGAGAUAUAAAGAUACUAAAGAUGCUGUUAUGCGCCGUCGAUUAGCUUGUCAGAUAUAUCAGCGUCAUUUAUCUAACACAGCCGCCGAGCCAGUAAACGUUGAUAGCCAUGCGGCAGGACAAAUCACCCAAGAAUUACUCGAUGAAGCACCCGCGGAUCUAUUUUUGCAGGCUCAAAAACAAGUAUUCAACUUAAUGAAGUUUGACAGUUACCCAAGAUUUUUACGAUCAGAACUUUAUCGUGCCUGUUUGGAAGCAGGAAACGCCAUAGUUGAUACAGAAGACUGUGAUCUACAUCUUACAAGUUCACCUAGUGUAAAAUUAAAAAAAAGUCAUUCUGACGCGGAAGAUCGUUGUCGAAAAUCGAUUCUUCCCUGGAAUAGAAAAAAUAGAUCUAAAUCGAAAGAUCGUGGUGAAUCCGAAUACAAUAAAGUUCCCAGCCGGGGUGAAACUAUAUACAAAAGCUUUACAACUAUUAAGAGAGAAACAGAAGGCAACAAUAAUGAAGAUACCGUGUCGAUAUCCAGUAGUCGGUCAUCAUUAGCAUCAUGGGAUUUGGCGUUACGGCAGUCAUUUAAUAAGCAUUCUAUGUCAUCUUGCGAUGGACAAACAAACGAAAAGAAAGAUGCUCGCAGUAAAUGCACGGGAUUGUGUCGGGUAAUAUUGCCUGAUGGAUCUACUACAGUAGUGACAACUAGCCAAACCGAGAGCAUUAAAGAUGUGGUUACCCGCCUUCUCGAUAAACGAGCUCUACGAUAUUCUAAUUAUGACGUUCUGAUACUAGCAACAGAUGAGAUGGUAGACACGAAAUAUUCUUCGUCAGUAUUAGCGGGUCAGGAGGUGGAGGUCGUUCUUACAAAGGUCUUAAAGGUGGAAUUACCUUCGCGAAGGAUAAUAAGUGUUAUUGCGCACAAGGGCAAAACUGUGAAAGAAGUUCUGAGACCUCUUCUAAAUAAAUAUGGCUUCAAUUUAGAUUUAAUUAGUAUUUGGAGCGAAGGCCAUUGUAUUCCUAUGGACAUUAUGGCUAUUAAUGCUCCGGCACGACUUAUUGUAGUGGCGAAUGAAGAAGAUUUUCAACGAGAAUUGCAUACUGCCAAAUAUUUGGACGAAGUACCGCAUGCACAGCCGACUUUGGAUGAAAUUACUAAUAAAGUAUUUGAGGAACUCUUAGUUGGGAAAAGUAGAAGUAAAUAUCAGUAUAGCGAAGGAUCAUGUAAGUCUGACGAUCAACGUUCGGAAGGAUCUUCUAUACUGUCUAGCAAAUUCUUUCUGCGAGAUUCGACAAUUCAUGGAAAGAAGAAGGCAAAAUCUAAAUGUUGCAAUAUCAGUGAGAAAGGUAAUACGAACGACUGUAUACACGAAGGGGCACCUGUUAAAUCUCAGCCUCCACUUAUCGCAAAGUGGCGUAACGGCGUGAAAUUGCAACUUCCGGGCAGAUUCGAUGGAGACGAUUUAUAUGAGGGGUUGAAAAGAGCGCAAAGAUCGAGACUGGAGGACCAGAGGGGGACGGAAAUUAACUUCGAGUUACCAGAUUUUUUGAAGAACAAGGAGAAUGGCAAACCGUCGGGUUCUAACAAGAUGCGAAGAACUCGAGUGAUGUCGGCCAAUUGCGAGGGUACUGCGAAGUUUUACGAUUCUAGCGAAGAUAAGCAAAGCUGCAGCGGAUACGAAUAUCCCGCUCACGUAACAAACGGAGCUGUAAACGAACGAUUCUCAGCCUUGGUUAGUAUUACGGAGCCUUUAAGUAAGUGCCUUGACAAUUCAUACACUCUAGACGGCGAUAGAACGUUAGUGGACGGGGAUCAGACUAUCAUAGAGAACGGUAGUAAUUCCCAACCGAACAGUCCGCACUCGGGAAGCUACGGCACGGACGUGUCACGCGCGAAAUUAUCGAAACCUCCGCCCUUGCCGCCGAAACCUAAAAAUCUCGUCGUGAAUGUAGUGAAAGGCGGAUACCUUAUGUCUCCCAAAACUUUGCAAAGGCCUAAUCAUGUGAUCGAAUAAGAGAAAUUGAAUUCCCCGAAGAGAAAAAUAUUUUUAAUUAACAUAACGUUUCUUUUGUAAUAUAUUUCAUGUGAUGAUACAAUCAGCCGUUUGAACGACGACGAUAUGAUACCUGAGUAAAGCUCUAUACUAUAUUACUGAAUUAUUGCAAGAGAUGACUUCGUUUACGUUUACUUGGACGGAGAAUGUAGAAAUAUUGCUACCUGCAUUCCUUAUUAUGUGUUUCUUUUUAUCAUAUAUACACAUUCCGCAAUUUAUCCCGCAGAUCUUAUCCCGAAAAACGUUCUGUCCUGUCUGUGCCUUAACUCUAGAAUGCUAUUGUAAAUUAAUUAUAUAUGUACUAUUUUUUUAAUAGUAUAUGUCAACUUUUUAAAAAUAUCUUUGUUCUUU